GAAUGGCCUAGUUGACUUAAUGAAUCGAAUGAAUCCGUUAUAAAUGCCUUCAUUGAUGAUGUUGUUGUUGUUGUUGUUGAUGAUCAUGAUGAUGAUGAACAACAAUCGAUGAUAAAUUCAUCACAAUCAUCAUUGAAUUUGGCAUCAGUGAAUAAUGAUGAAUCAAUUGUUCUGACAAUUGAAAAUGGCUUCCCUUCCAAUGGAGAUUCGGCUGAUUCAUUGCAUUCGACCGGUUCAGUUAGUACCGGAAUUGCAAAAAUCAAUAAUGAUAAUGUUCAAACUCCAAAAUGCAACAAUAAAUCACCGGAUUUACCGUUAAUUCUUGAUGAUAUUACAUUGGAAAAGCUGCUUGACAUACCACAUUGGUCAGCUGAAUUGAAACAAAUUGAAUUCAAAACAAUUGAACAAUUUGAAAAUGCAUUAAUCAAAUGGGAAGAUAUUCUUCAACAAGUAUUGGAAUGUUAUGAUUACAAUACAUUUGGAUCAUAUGUUGAUUUUUAUCAUUCAUAUCAAAAAUCCAAUUCAAAUUUAACUGAUUUUAUAUUGAAUUAUCAGGCAAAGAUAACUACCGAAAGUAUGUCUUGUGUAGCACAAUCAUUGGUGUUGAUGCAAAAUCUAUCCGCUAACGAUAGUUUAUAUGGAUCAAAUUUUUCAUUAGUAUCAUGUGAAGAAAUGAUUAUGAUUAUGACAGCUGAAAAUGGUGAAGGAAAAUUACAAACAAAAUAUCAACUUGAUGCAAAGAAUAAUGUUAAAGAACAUGUAUUGGUUUGUCUUAAAUUUCAAAUUGCCGAUAAUAAUCGAUCCGGUUAUGUACUAUUGGAUCCUGGUUAUCAUAUUUCACGGCCAAUAAUCGUCAUGAAUGAUUGUUUAUUUCCGCAUACCGGUUGGUUUAAUGCAUCGAAAAAUCGUAAAGUUUGUAAAGAUUAUUGUUAUCAGAUAAUCAAUGAUCAAUAUAUUGCAUGGAAAGUACGUGAAACAAAUAUUAAUGAUCCAAAUGAAGUGAUCAAACAAUAUUUAAACAUCAUUUAUAUACAUAAAGAAUUUAUCAAAUAUGCAAGUGUUACGGAAAAACGUGCUUGUAUUUUUUCAUUAAAAUCAUAUGUUGUACGUAAUCGUAAAGGUGCUGUAGCCGGAUUUUAUUCAUGGAUUGAGGAAAAAAAUCUAACAAUAUUCUAUGAAGAAAAUGGUAAACGUAUUACAAAUAAAUUUCAUAUAAAUGAUCUUGAUAAACAAGAAGAAGUUAAAUGUUGUUUGGAAAAAGUAGCUGCCUAUACAAAAGAUUCAAAAGAUUAUAAAUCUUUUAUAAACAUAUUGACCGAUUAUCGACAAUCAUUAUAUGAUGAAGAAUUUUGUUUUGAUCUUUGUGAAAUUGAUAAAUGGAUUGAAGAAGAUUAAUUAUUCAAAUUUCAUUUAAUUUUUAAUUAAGUUUAAUUAAAUUCUUAAUUUUAUAGU